AUGGCUAACGUCGGAAACCAGCUACCAGCACAGGCCGUUAGCAAGCCUACAUCUGGGAAGCACGGGAACGUACUGCCCCUGUGGGGCAACGAAAAGACUAUGAAUCUCAACCCGAUGAUUCUUACCAACGUGCUGUCCUCCCCGUAUUUCAAAGUGCAGCUGUAUGAACUAAAAACCUACCAUGAAGUUGUGGAUGAAAUCUAUUUCAAGGUGACUCACAUUGAGCCCUGGGAGAAAGGAAGCAGAAAGACUGCAGGCCAGACUGGAAUGUGCGGAGGGGUGCGCGGAGUUGGCACGGGUGGGAUUGUAUCUACUGCUUUCUGUCUUCUAUACAAACUGUUUACUCUCAAACUGACUCGCAAACAGCUCAUGGGUCUGAUUACACACACAGACUCUCCAUACAUCAGAGCCCUUGGUUUCAUGUAUAUAAGAUACACUCAGCCCCCAACAGAUUUAUUCGAAUGGUAUGACGGCUUCCUGGAUGAUGAGGAGGAACUUGACGUAAAGGCAGGAGGUGGUUGUGUGAUGACCAUCGGAGAGAUGCUGCGCUCUUUCCUGACCAAACUGGAGUGGUUCUCCACUCUGUUCCCCCGUAUCCCGGUGCCUGUGCAAAAAGUCAUUGACCAGCAAAUAAAGGCGAGACCGCGUAAGGUAGCUCAGAAGGAGACACAAGAGGACGAGGAUGGGUUUACAGAGUCAGGAAGGCAAGGGGAGCGCCGCCGCUCCAGGACACCCAGACGGACUCCAAGCCCCCGAAGGUCGCCUAAACGGUCCAGGAGCAGGAGCCACCAUCGCGAGAGGGACCGCCAUGGCCCCAGCUUUGAUCGAGAGCUGGAGAGAGAGCGUGACCGGCAGAGGAAGGAGAGGGAAGGCAGGGACCGAGACAGGGAGAGGGGGGACCGAGGGGACAGGGAAAGGCGACGCUCUCGUAGCGCGGACAGAAACCGAGAACGCAGGAGAAGUCGCAGCGGUAGCCGGGAGCGUAGGAGCGAACGCAAGGAGAAGGAAAGGGACGGGGGGGAUGAUAGGAGCAAGAGGAAGGACAGGGAUCACCAUAAAGACAGAGGCACUGAGAGGGAGAGGUCCAGGGAUAAGAAGAGCAGGGGAGAGACUGAUGAUCGGAGGCACAAGGACGAUAGGGAAAGGCACAGGGAAGAGAGGAAAGCCAAGAGAUCAAGCAGGAGUCGAAGCAGAGAGAGGAGACACAAAAGCGGAGGAGAGGAGAAGAGCAGGAAAAGGGAGCGGAGCCACAGCAGGGAGAGGGAUAGAGAGAGAGACGGGGAACAGCGCUCUCACAAACGUAGUCGUAGUAAAGAGAGGAGCCACCAUCAGCGAGAGUCCAGUAAUGACCAUAGUAGACACAGUGAACGCAGGAGUAGUCCGAGCAUCGAGUGAACGCCGCCUCGCAGCAAUAUUACUUCUGUUUUUCUUCCUUUUUUUUUUUUUUUUUUUUCCCUUUCUAUCCGGCUGUCUGCUCUGUCACUUGUGCUAAAAAGAAGGAAAGUUCACACAUCGGACAUCUGGAUUUGUUGUCUUUGGCCGAUGUAAUGUUGCUUUAUGUUUUUCCGCUCUUUCACUCCUCAUUAGACCAUUGUUAGUCUUCACUUGAAUUCUGGAAAGUUGGAAAAAAAAAUGGCAUUUUAAUUUUCUAUUCUUUGUGUUUUUUGUCCCAGAAAGAUCGGGGUUUGUACAUAAUUUUUAAAGGCUGUCUACACGCCGCACACGGGCAGAGUUGGAUUUCCUGCUGGGCUGGACGUCCUCGGCUUCAAACCGUUGCAAUGUAGAUUACACAAAUUAUGAAAAAUGAUUAACUACUUUCAGGCUGUACAAAAGACCAUACAUGCUCCCUUUUCAAAUUUGAUAUCACACUGCACGUGAAUGGUUAAAGUUCAAGACCGAACAUUAAGGCGGUGUGGCUCCGCUGAAGCAGAACAGUUCUGUCCAUGAUUACGUGUAGACAGCCCGAGAGUGUUUUAAUCCUCUCAAACGCGCCUGCAAAGGGUAAUUUUUACAGAACACACUUGAGCCCUGCUUGUGUUGUGUUUCGGGUUAUUGCUCUGUUGCAUUUUGUUUUCUAAUAAAACACUU